AUGUCCGUCGAAUUUAGCCGCCGCCACAUGCCCGCGCUCUUCGCCGCAACAACAACAUCCUUAGGCGGCUUCUGGCCCCUCUUCGCACCGGCAGGGGCGAUGCUCGAGUUUGGCUUCCCAGCGCGUGUCGCAAACUCACCCGCAGCGCACCCCGUCAUGAUGAUCAACGGUGCCCGCACGACCGUCCUCGGCAUCAUCAUGUUUGUCCUUUAUUUUCGCGGCAUGCUGGAAGAGUGCGAUAUCCUGCUGACGCUCAUGGGCUGGUACUUGGGACUUGUGGACUCGUACGUCUGCUGGCGUCAAGGCAACCCAGGCAAGGCGAUGUUUCGGCUAAUAACGAGCUUGGGUCUCGGUGCGUGGGGGUUCUUUGGGCAGACAUCAGGGGCGCAGAUCUCGUGGUAA